AUGGAUGCCCUCAAGAAUAUCGUCAACAAUGUCCCCGAAUGGCUGGACCGACUCGAUCAGCUCGGGGAACAGAUCGAUCAGCGUCAGGUUGAGCUCGCUGCACUCGGCGCCGACAAGUCGUCACGCUCACUCAAGAACCGCGGAUCCACCGAAUCACUCAAGCUCAAGGAUGAAACCCCCGAAGCCAUUCCCCCACCCGCCGAUGAAACCCCUGCGAACGAGACAAGUGCACCGCGACCGGUUGUCGUCACGACGCCAACUGCUCAAGACGGGCCGACAGAGAAAGAUGAGCCUUCUAGCCCUAGUAGCGGAACGCCAUCGGCCCUCAAGAAGCAGACCCGACGAGCAAUGGCUUUGGCACAAGCCCGUGCCCGUGCUGUCGUCGAGAAGAGACCUCGUCCAGAUUCGGUCAUGUCGACUGAGGAGGAUGCCCCGGCGAGGUACCGCUCACGGAAACUCGUUCUCGUCUACUAUGACUCGUACGUAGAAAGCUUCUUCGAAGAGCUGGUCAAAUUCGUGUCGGCAAGCCGGAACCUGAUGCGGAAGGCGAAAAUGGCAGCAAAAGUGGCUACGAUACGUCGCUUGGCGGAACGGGAACAGCCCGAGGGAGACGACGCAGAGAGUGCCGGGGACCUUCAGCCCGACACCACUGGCGGUGCUGGCGCUGCCUCCGAUGCGUUGCCUUCUUUGCGGUACAUGAGCACAAGGCGAAUAGGCCCCAACGGUCGCACAGGGUCUUCAUACGCACGCUCCGGUGCAGGUGGCGCUAUGAUGGGCGAUAGCGGGCCAGACGCUUAUGACGAACUUGACAAGUGCCUCGAAUACAUCCAGAACCAGUCCGAACAUGCCGCUCAUCAGUUUUUGCGUGACGGGGACUGCACUGAGGAGAUUGGCAACAUUCAACGCCGGCUUGCAGAGACCAAAGACCUGGCUCAAAAGGAAAUGGAGCGAGUCGAGAAGGAAGAGCCCGAGCUACUGAAGGCAACCAGCGAAGCGAAUAAGGUGCGGACUCUUCGACCGACGAGCAUGCGCCGUGAGCUCACGGCCGCCAAGGACAGCACCCCGCCGCCCAUCACCCCCAGAAGGGCCGAAGUUGACUCGAAGAUUGAGGCGGAGAACAAGACACCGACCACCAAAACGAUUGAGGUUGACAUGUCCAAACCCCUAGAGGCGGACGAUGCGCCCAUUGAGGCGGACGACGAGGGAAUCGACGACAUGGAAAUCACGUUGCCGCCCAGGCUGAACUAUCGGUCUACCCGGGCGAUGCGCGGCUGA